AUGUACUUUACUCUCUACUUCCUCAUCACCCGCCUCCCUGACACUCUUCGCUCAGUCAGGGACCACUUCCUCGCCCUUGACCCCCAUUCUCUCACUGUCGACGACCUCGAGAAGCACCUCCUCGCAGCAGAGAAGAACAUCCUCGCUGUAGGUGCUGCUCGCGGGACUCCUCGCUCUCCCCUCUUUGAGGGGUGCUCCCCCUCCCCUCUUACCCCCUCAUACGCCUCCGCAGCUGCUGCUCUCGACUACCUUGGUGCUGAGGAGGUCGGGGCUGCUUUCGCUCCUAGUGGGAAGCACCGCAGCGGCAGGGGCGGCAAGGGUGGCAGGGGAGGUGGGGGUGGCGGAGGGGGUGGCGGUGGAGGGAGCGGUGGUGCAAGCGGCGGGGGAGGUGGAGGUGGUGGGGGUGGUCGUGGGGGUGGAGGUGGUGGAGGUGGUUUUGGGGGCGGCGGAGGCACUGGGAGCAGUGGAGGUGGCAGCGGCGGUGGUGGGGGAGGAGGGAGCGGUAGUGGCAGUGGUGGUCCCCACGCUGGUCGCCAGUGCACAGGGUUUCACACUGAGCAGCGUUGCUUCGCUCGGUUUAGCGACGCCUGGCGCGUCAAGUUUCCUGAUGCUCCUGAGUUCCCCAACUGGGCAGAGCUGCUUAGGCGUGAUGUACCUAUAUUUGAUCUUGACUAUGAGGCUAUUCUUGCUGCCAUGUAUGCAUUGACUGUUAGUGCUGAGGGUGACUGCUAG